GUUGAAAGUUCACUUUCUUCCAUACUCCAGAACCAUUUUCUUCCUUCCCGUUAAGUCUUGUGGCCAGUAGCUCUGACAGACUGCACCGACCAUGUGUCCACAUCUCAUAUCUAUCUCCUCCAGCCUUCGUUCCGGAUAGCCGGAUUGAAAGUAUAUCGGAGUCAACAAGUGAUGUCCUAUCUGAAGCAGGUACACCAACAUCCGGUUCCCAGUCUAGCCGAUCACCUGGUCUGUUACCACGCGUACAGUCACCAUGUACUCUGGAGCUAAUUGACGAAUUGGCCGACAUCAUGAACGAACUAGGUUCGUGUCUAGAGAUAGCCAAACGCUAUCCCUAUCCCCGUCUCUGAGCUUUACUAGUCGAUCAUCCGAAAACAGUCUUAGUUCAAUCGGAUACAAAACUAUGUUAACCCAACUCCGGGAUGCCUUACGUCCACUCAUUAGCCUGCUCAUUAACGGUCAUCGGUGCCGGGAUUGCGAAGUGGCACUGCUCAAGCCGGGCUGCAUUACUUUCACUGGUAGUGCGCCUCCCUACUUGCAGGAACUACGGAGCUCCUACUCUAAAGCUACGUUUGGAUUGUUGUUCUUCAUCUAAAGAAGGCUUUAGGAACGUAUCUUUGGGAUGGAUGUUGUUCCUGCAUACUGUUUUCGACCUUGGCGUUGUAUUUUGCAAAGCGCUGGGAACUUGCGGACGAUUAUGUCCAUCAAGGCGCUUCUUUUGCGACUUUGUUGUUCCUUAUCAAUCAGCUUGGGCUCGAAAUAUUGGAGUCACCCUCUUGAACGAAGAGUUGCUGGUUGCGAGGGCUUUCGAUGGAUGUGAUCAUCAAGCAAUCUCAACGAUGACCUUGUUUGUCAAGCUAACUAUCACGUCGACUUUUUGUAAAUGGCUUCUCGUUCCACAACCUUAUUUGAUAAAUUCAAAAAAAGGAGUCUCCAAGUCGAGCAAAAGACCGUCUUCGGCACAAGCCCUGACGUCGGGUCAAUCGCUCCUCAUCAGGAUUCAAGACUACUUCAAAAUCAAGAUACUGAGAGACAACACAAUUACGAGGACGUUCUAGAUGUUGGACGUUCACUGCCACCUCAGAACGAACCCGGAGUAACCUUGACAAGCCCAGAGGGCUGCUGUACACAAGAUCAACUUCAAACGAGAUGCAUUGAAAAUUCAUACUAAUUUUAAGAUUCUCUCAGGUAUUAUUCCUCCUGCAUCAGCAUCCCAGCCGACAAAUCAAAGGUCUGGCAUGAGC